GGCGUACACCAGAAGUAGGACACUCGUGUGCUUUCCGCAGCUCCUCUCCAACAUGAAAUCCUCCUCAUGUAGCCUCACAGAAAUUCAGCGACGUAUAGAUAAAGUCAGGCGGUUUCUAUCUAUAACUCUUAGCAUUGCUAACGCCCACACCGUGGAGUUUUACACUCACGAUGUGUGGAAGCGGUUCGUGGCCGUGCCACCGGAGGAGGUCCUGUCAGCUGUAAGUUCCGGUAGCGACAAACAGAGGGAGCCACAGCACAGGCAGAAGGAGCAAUCCAAUACCACAUUUGGGUUUUGCAAUGACACAAAGCGACUGGUUGAUACUCAGGAACUUGUGCAGGCAGCUAAAGCCCACUCGCUCCCUGGCCUUGGAUUUUGCAUGAGCCGAGAAGAGCUACUGCAGGACCUCAGAGAGACCAGGUCAGAGUCUGAUGCUCCACCAGUGGAGACAGGGGCUGCUUUUGAGCCAGAUGAGUUUAUGAAUUCUAAGAAAUCCCAUGAAGUCCAGUCCAUGUCUGAGGUGGUGGCCUGCUUGGCUCAGCACUGUAGCGUUAAGCAGGUGAUAGAUGUAGGCUCAGGGAAGGGCUACCUGAGCUCCUUCCUCUCUCUUCAGUAUGGCCUUCGGGUCUACGGGAUUGACUCCUCCAGCACUAACACUCAUGGUGCUCAGGAGAGGAACAGGAAGCUAAAGAAGUUCUCCAGAGCGUACCAGAAACACACCAAAGCAGGAAGGUCGCAAACAGAAGCCACACAUUCACCUCAGGAGGAGUUAAUAGAACGAAAACCUGGGCUGAAUGUAGGGGAAGAUGUUUUAUCCGAUAAUGGACCAAGAAAUCUGUCGCAAGAGGAGGAGAGGGUGUUAACGAGCUCAUCAGACAUCAACCCCGCAGUGGAAGGACAUUCAGAGCAAAACCCAGAAACAGAUGAGCUCUUUUUGAGUGCUUUAUCCAUGGAUGUAAUACAGUCUGCAUCCCCCAGAGUUCCCCCAAGUCAACUCAGUGCUGAGGAGAGAGAGAGGAGGAAGAGAGAGAACCUGGAGAGGAAAGCUCAGAAUGGGGCUGACAGUACCAGAGCCGUGUUUUCACCUCUCACAUCUUAUGUUACUGCAGAAACAGAGCUCCGAGAGCUCAUCAAUGAGCUGGAGGAUGCCGUCGUGGUUGGCCUGCACACUUGUGGUGACUUGGCUCCCAGCACACUGAGGAUGUUUGUGGCUAAGCCGGAGCUAGCUGCAGUCUGCAGUGUGGGCUGCUGCUAUCACCUGCUGUCUGAAGAGUUUGACCCUGCCCAACAGGAGUGUUUACAGAGUGUGUGUGGUUUCCCUCUGAGUCAGUACCUCCGUGACCAGUCCUGCUUUUGCAGCAGAAAUGCCAGGAUGUCAGCAUGUUUGGCCCUGGAAAGAGUUGCACUUGGCCAAGGGAUUCAGAUGGAGUCCCUGUUCUACCGAGCAGUCCUUCAUGUUAUUCUGAGGGACCACUACAGCUCCUAUAAAAGUGAAAAGCGAGUUGGGAAUGUCUACUCCAAGGCAAAGUCAUUUGUGGACUACGUUCGUCGUGCUCUACGCAGACUGGAACUGGAUGAAUCAAAGCUUUCUGACAGUGACAUCCAGGAUUACCACAACACAUACAGAGUGCGAAUGGAUGAGAUGCAUGCUUUUAACAUGCUGAAGGUGACCCUUGCUCCCUGUAUUGAAGGUCUGAUUCUCCUCGAUCGCCUCUGCUAUCUGAAAGAACAGGAGGACGUGUCAUUCUCUGCACUGGUGCAACUGUUUGAUCCCCUGUUGUCUCCCAGAUGUUACGCUGUCAUCGGACUCAAGAGUGAUGGAAAAAGACUCACAAGCUGAAGAACUUAUACAUAUGCACGCAACACACUAAUUCAGGGUUCAUGUUUAUACAUGAGCAUAGCAGCAAUUAUGCUUUAAAAGUGAUUGUAUUAUGUAUGCAUUCCCACCUGCUUGUUUUAAUUGCAGCAUUUCAUCUAGAUUGAAUCAUUUUCAAUGUUCUCUCUAUUUCUGUAACACCACGUUCUGUUUUACAUACUUGAUUACUUUUAAAUUGAAAAAGUAUCUGAAAUGUUUCUGCUUCUCAUGCCCUUGAUCUUGCGUUCUUCUCAGAGAUCAAACCCAUGCUCAAAACAGCUGGAAAAAAACGGCCUUCACUCUUUGAUUGAAUCAUAUGCAUUGCACCCUUUUAACUUGUUUUUAAAGGCUGUUUAGGGGGCUUUAGGGUAACCAGGAUCCCCACAGCAGGUCUGGAAACUCCAUUUUCCAGGAUCCCAAACCAGAGGAAGUAGAGGAAAAAACAGGGCAUGUGGUGCCCUUGUGCUCAAUCUUAAUAUUUACUUUUCUUUUUCUUUUUUUUUGCAUACCUGUGCCUUUGUUCUUCGUAAUUAAAUAAA